AAAGAAAUAAUAUUUACUUUUUAUAAUAAUAUACGGAGACAACGCUUAGCUAUCCGUAUAUAUACUCUAAAUAAUAAAAACUUAUUUUUAAUUAUUAAAUUAUUUCGUACAAAGCCUUUUAUAAUAAUUAAAAAUUAUAAUAACUUUUACGUACGAAAAUAUUCUUAUUAA